AUGAAGAUCGUUUCUGAAGAAGAAAAACUCGCCCACAGAAAGGUAGUUCUUACCGAGGGUCUCAAAGGUUGUUUAGUCGGUGUUGGUAUGGCCUACGGUAUUGUUAGAGCUGUCAAGUACAGAUACCCUGUCAGGUUCUCCCAAAUGAACACCUCCAUUAAAACAGCUAUGUGGGCCAUGCCUACGAUUUUAAUGGGAGCCUUUUUUGCAGAUGAUGGUUCGGUCAAGUUUGACGAAGAUAUCUACCGUUCCGAUUAUUUGAAGAAGCAAGAGAUGGAAAAGUUAGCCAAUUACAACAAAUUGUCCUCCACGGACAAGGCACUCCACAAUUUGAAUGAGAACAAGUACAAGAUCAUUGUUGGUGCUUGGGCAACCUCAUUGUAUGGAUCCUGGACUCUUGUCAAUAGAGACCGUUACAUGACUAAGGCUCAGAAGAUCGUGCAGGCCAGAGUUUACGCUCAGGCUUUCACAGUAGUCUUGUUAUUGGGUACCAUCUUGUUGAGUAUGCAUGAAAAUGAAAUGUUGAAGAAGCUGCCUCCUCCAGUUCCUGAAUGGAAGAAAUACUUGCAGGAACAAGAAGAGCGCGAGAAGCAAGGCUUGGUCACUGCUACUCCUCAGCCCCAACUUCACAAGCAACAUCCUCACCAGCCAUAGAUAUUCACAAUUUACCAAAGUAGACUACCAAGUUCUACGAUUGCAUUUACGAGAACAAGACCUAAUUCAAAUAUAUUACAACAGGCCACACCAAUGUGUCUUUAUUUAUAGCCAACUAUUUAACUUGUGUGUACACUUUGCCUAGACUUAAUCAAUAUUAAUAGAGCAAUAUC